GGAGUGGCACUCGCGCAUCAUACACGUGACACUGUGGGAAGAAGCCCAAGAUGACGCGUCGCCAACAACAAAGUGCAGCAAAUCCAUCUGACAAUCAUCCUCGAACGAGAACGAUAGCUUUUCGUUCAUAACCACCGUUAAGAACCAACAUGGACUACUUUCCGGGAAACUGGGGAAACCCUCGCACUGGCGGGGAGACGUACGGACCUGUCUCCCACAAGGCAAUGCCUGCUAACCACGCUACUCCCACCACUCGCACACAGCAGCCCAUUGUCACGGGUACUUCUGUACUGGGUAUCAAAUACAAGGAUGGAGUAAUGUUGGCUGCAGACACUCUCGCGUCAUACGGUUCCCUUGCCCGGUUCAGGGAUGUGGAGCGGCUAAUAAAGGCUGGGGACUCAACAGUGGUUGGCGCGUCGGGGGAUAUUUCCGAUUUUCAACACAUCUCCCACAUGCUAGAGAAAAUUCUCAUCAAAGAAUAUAAUACUGAGGAUGGACACAAACUUUACGCGCGCCACAUUCACGAAUACCUUUCCCGUGUGAUGUAUAACAGGAGAAGCAAUUUCAACCCUCUCUGGAACUCGCUAAUCGUAGCUGGGGUUCGGGAUCGCGAUGGUGGCAAAUUCUUGGGUUUUGUAGACCUUCAAGGGACCACCUAUGAAGCAUCUACCGUUGCGACAGGCUAUGGUAGCUACAUUGCUCAACCGCUCCUGCGAAAAGCUGUAGAAGGCCGUGAAGACACGCUGACAGAGGAAGAGGCUAUCAAAAUACUAGACGAUUGCAUGCGUGUAUUGUAUUACCGCGAUGCGCGCUCCUUGAACAAGAUACAACGUGCGACAGUAAAUGCAUCUGGCGUAACAAUUACCGAGCCGUACGAGUUGGAAUCAGAAUGGGCAUUUGCGGAGGGCAUCCGUGGUUAUGGCGCAACAGAAUGAGUUGACGCUAUUUUGUUAUCUAAAAUUCCUGAAAAACUGUGCUUUUUGCAUUGCACGCUUUGGUUGCUUUUUGCAUUUUGUUGCAGAGCGUGUUCAUUUGCGCAAACGCGUGGCGGAUCGUUGACUAUCAAAAUUUGACUUUUUGACUUACGCAUACAACAGAGGGGUUGAUUUUUAUUCAUGGA